UGAAAUUGUUUCAUGUCUGAUUGGUCAUCAGACUCAUCACCAGCAAAAUGCAUGCUGGUUUGGUUUUAAGCAAAAAUUUCACAUUGUAAGUGCUUUUUCCUAAAAUGAACUAUGUUUUAUUUUUCAUCAUACUGGGCAAUCGAACUUGAGUAAAAGUUUGACUGGCCAUUUUUCAAGUUCAUAACAGGUCAUUCCUCUCCCGAGUGACCUGGUCCAACUCAGCCCUAAAAGAACUGAUAGUCACAGCAGAUUGGACCUGAUCCAUGGCAUGACCCUCAACACACACAGCAUAGCGAGCUUCAAUGGUCGUGACCACAUCCUCAUAGACACUGCCCAGGCAGAGUCUCACCCAAGGUCACUCGGUGGAAGUAUAAAAACUGUGCUGCUAUUGCGUGUUUUUACGCGUGUGCUUUCUCUAGUUACCCUUGUUAGGUUGAAAAAGACCGUCUCGUUAGCUUGAGCAAUAUGAGGCCCAUAUUCUGCGGCAACCUUGAUUAUGAAGCACGCCAGUCUGAUGUUGAGCGAAUUUUCAGAAGAUAUGGGGCGGUUGAUAGGGUGGAUAUAAAAUCUGGAUUUGCUUUUGUCUAUAUGGAUGAUGAGAGAGAUGCUGAGGAUGCAAUUCGAAGACUUGAUGGGAUGGAGUUUGGCAGGAAGGGGCACCGGCUUCGUGUGGAGUGGACUAAGCAAGAUCGUGGCACUAGGGGGCCUGGUAACUCAAGAAAGCCUCCAGUAAAUGCGAAACCCUCAAAAACCUUGUUUGUGAUAAAUUUUGAUCCAAUUCAUACCAGGACAAGAGACCUGGAGAGGCACUUUGACAAAUAUGGGAAAAUAUCGAACAUAAGGAUUAGAAGGAAUUUUGCUUUCAUUCAUUAUGAAUCACAGGAGGAUGCCACCAGAGCAUUGGAUGCAACAAACAUGAGCAAGUUGAUGGAUCGGGUUAUUUCAGUGGAAUAUGCAAUUCGAGAUGAUGAUGAAAGAAGGAACGGAUAUAGCCCCGACAGAAGGGCUCGUGACAAGUCCCCUGGGCGAAGAAGCUACGAUCGUGGGCACUCCCCAAGUCCUUAUCGGAGAGAUAGAGGUAGUCCUGACUAUGGUCAUGGAUCCAAACCACAUUCUAGACCUGAACCGAGGGAAAGUCCCUGCUAUGAUAGAACCGAAAGCCCAAUCAAGGAGAGAGAUCACAGUCGCUCACCCCGGCCACGUGGAAGAUCUCGAUCCUGAAGUUGGUAGGAUUUGUUUUCUAUAUUCCCUAUCCUCCUUUCCCCUACCUGUUUUUUUGUGCUUUUUCGGUUCCCAGUUCCAAUUUUCUAUUUGCACUGUCUGAUAGAGACUGUUGGAGAUGUAGCUGUGAUAUACUUACUUCUGAAUUGCUGAACUAGAUGACUUUCAUUGGCAUUUGGUUUAUGGACUCAUCACUUAUAGUAGUUGCACUAUAUUUACUCUCCGGGAACACCUGCUUAAAGAUGCAAACUCUUUUUUUCAGUAAAAAAACCACCUCCAUGGCUCUAGUUCAUUGUUGAA